CAAGGAUGCUGACAAGUAAUUUCCCCUGGAGGUUGUGUCCAGACCAGGACAGAACACUUGGCUAAUUUAACAAAGGAUUGGAUUUAAACAGUGAGACGGCUAUCGUCUGUAACGUGAUGUAAACAGUGUUUUAACUAGGCAAGGAUUGGCUUUUCAACCAUGAAAUAGAUAUGGCUUUACCAAUAAGUUUCAAAGUUGGUGUUACUGACGGGGACCUAUGUACACGGACAUGGUUCUCGGCGGCCAAUGCCUAUUGCGAGUACACGACGAUGAGAGAGAACCAGACGGUGAUGGGGAAAGAGCUGUUUUCUUUUGCCAAAGGCUACGCGUCUUUCCACGGCUACGUCAGUAUAUGUGUCUGUGUAUUUGGAAUUGUCACAAACAUCUUCAACAUAUCUGUCCUGACCCGGCGACACAUGCGCACACCGGUAAAUCAGAUUCUGUCGUGGUUGGCGGUUUCCGAUGUCUGUACCAUGAUAUCUUAUGUACCGUUUGCAUUCCACUUUUAUUGUAUUCAUCCUUCCGGGAGUAAAUCAGCAGCAAAGAACAGCAAGGCAUGGAUGACGUUUAUGAUAUUCCAUAUAAAUCUAACAGCCACAACUCACACUGUAUCUAUAUGGCUGUGUGUGUUGUUGGCUAUAGUCAGAUUCCUUCAUAUAAGAUCGCCCACAAAAGCCAAUUCAGCACGAUUAAAGAGAAUUAAUCAGUCUAAUAUUAUGAUUUUGAUAGUUUACAUUGCAAGUGCCAUCAUUCUCAUACCUAAUUACAUGAGCAACGAACUUCUACAGGAUACACUACCGGAUAAUAACGAAACGAUAUAUGUUCUCAGAGAUUUAAAAUUGGGUAAAAAUGAUACAGAAAUUCUGGUUCUUGUGAACGUUUGGAUGUAUGCCUUCACAGCUAAGCUUAUUCCAUGUUUACUUAUGUCUAUUUUUGGAUCCCUGCUUAUAUAUAACAUUCAUGUGAAGCUUAAACAACGAAGAAAAGUUCUACAAAUAUCUGGUGCCAGUUCUUUACGUCUUUCCGAACAUUCCAGAACCACGAAAAUGUUAGUGGCUGUAAUCGUUUUAUUCCUCGUCACAGAACUUCCCCAGGGAGUUCUAAUAGUUUGUAGCGCAUGCGUGGAGAGUUUCUUUGACACUGUAUAUAUUCCCUUGGGUGAUGUCAUGGAUAUUGUUGCACUUGUAAAUAACGCGGUUAAUUUUAUAUUGUACUGUUCAAUGAGUACGAAGUUCCGAGAAACCUUUGUUCAUCUUUAUUGUUGUUCCUGUCAUCAUGUGCGAAAACCGCGAGAGAAUGGAUAUACUCUCACCGACAGGAUGGCAAAAUUAGAUUCACACAGCAGUAAUAAUAACGACCAUAUUCACCACCACCACCACCAUCACCAUAACAACGUCUAACACGCACGCUCCUCGUACCUGUCAUGGAGUCGGAGGGGAUUGUCCAUAAAGAUUUUGAUCAGAAGUUUUUUUCGCCGGUGAUUCCGGUGGGUGUUUUGCAUGUGACAAGGAGAAUAAUAAAACUAAACGGUUUCAUAAGAGUUAUCCAGUACUCUACCUUGAUUUGACGUCUGGCAGACAACAUGAGCAUUCCUAAGUAAAGAGAGACAUUGAGACAUAUUCGGCAUGCACAUACUCCUGACACUCCCCUUUGGACCGAUUCUGAAUUUACCCUAGUACACUAAAACUUGAAUUUAUUUUAUAAUGGUUGUGAUUUUAAAAUAUUCUAGCCGAGCCAAUGUUGUCUUAGGAAUGUAGUUAUUUAUAGACACUUUAUUAAAUUCAUUCCUUGUAAUUUAAUUUGAUAUGUCUGACUGGUUUUGUCAUUUUAAGCAUGUAAAAUGUCAAAAGUAGUUUCACCCGCUUACGAUUUCUGUAAGUGAUUUUAUGUAAGCAACGAUCAUCUAAGUCCAGUUAUUCAUUUUUACAAUGUUAAGUCUUAAAGAAUAUUUAAAAAUAAACUUAACAGUUUAUGAA